AUGAGCCAAAUGCAUCAGGAACGGCAGAAGGAUCUGCCAUGGAUUAUUUCUUUGCCUCCUAAGGUAUCAUUUUUCACCGGCCGACGUGAUUUAAUACAACGUAUUGACGAACAAUUGCAUUCUCCCGAUGUUAUAAAUCAAGGGAUGGCAGCCCUUGUUGGUAUUGGAGGUGUUGGCAAAUCUUGCUUAGCUUUACAUUAUGCCCAUAGCAAUAUUCAGCAGUAUAAUAUUGUCGCAUGGCUUAAUGCUGAAAAUGAAAUCUCAUUACAAAAUGACAUGGUCAAGUUAGGCCAACGAAUUGUUGAUUCUAUGUCUGAUGGUUCACAUCGUAUUCCACCAACACUGCAUACAUUGCAAACGUUAAUGGAACAAUAUCAAAAGACACCAGCAAUUCGCCAUGAUUUAACAUCAGAUUCCCUUAAACGCCAAUCUAGAGAUACACAAUUAUUAGAGCGUAUUAUUGAAGUUAGCAAAGAUGCUUUAGAUCAACAAUUAAUAGGUCCAUGGCUGUUAAUUUAUGAUAAUGUUCAUCGUGUUAAAAUGGUUAACAAGUAUAUUCCAACGAUGCGCACUGGCCAUAUCAUCUUAACAUCUCGUCAUCGUAGCUGGGAUGAUAUGAUUGAAAUAGAUAUAUUCAAUCGGAAAACAUCGAUUGAAUUUUUACAUCGAGUGGUAGAACCACAUGGUCAUUCCCAUCAACCGAUAGAGAAUGAUGACGCUUGGGAUAAUAUUGCCGAUAUCUUGGGUGAUUUACCAUUAGCACUUGCACAAGCUGCUCAAUAUAUUAGAAGGAAAAAAAUUAGCAUUACAACUUAUGUGGAUCAAUUUAAAAGUUUAUAUCAAAAUUUAUGGCAACAGGAAGCGCCAUCGUCAUCCUAUAAGCAAUACUUGAGUGAAAAUGAUGAUCAAUGUGUUGUUGUAGAGCACACUGUGGAGACAACAUGGCAAAUUGCCAUCUCACAAGUUAGUUGUAUCAAUCCUACUGCUUGUGAUUUAAGCACGAUUGCUGCUUACUUAUCACCUAAUAAUAUUAGCCGUGAAUUAUUAGUUCAAUUAGGUGUUCGAAUACUCCAUGUAACUGAGAACGACGUUGAAAUUGCUCUCGAUUUAUUACAUGAUUACUGCUUGAUGAGUUGGAAUGGGAACUGUUAUAAUAUCCAUCGUUUGUUACAAUUAGUUAUACGCCAUAAGUAUCAAGAUUCAGGUGUUGAUCAAGUGGUGGUCGAGAAAUUAUUCCAGUAUUAUAGCGAAAGGCUUUACUAUGAUCGUCGUAAUAUUCAACAAACUCUUGCUAAUAUUGCUUUAAUUGAACAUUUUGAAAUGGCUCGAAACUACCUCAAUGUAUAUACACUCCAUGAUGGAAAAGAAGACAAUUAUCGCCAUCGACAAUUAGUUAAUUCUGUCAUUUUAAAUGUAAGUCACAUUUAUUAUAAUUUAGCUAAUAUGGUUAGAGCUAAAGACUACGUCGAUGAAGUCUUAACCUCGAUACCAUCAUCAACGACAGAAAAAUUUAUCAAUGAAGGUAUCCAUGAAAACCAGCGGCAUCAAUUUAGUCGAGCCAUUAAAUUAAAAGGCAAAAUCAUUAUGGAAAUGAAUGAUUAUGAUAGCGCUCUUAAUAAUUUUCAUCAAGCACUGGAAUUAGAACGACAACAUCAAAACACUUUACAAGAAGAUAUUGGUAAGACAUUACAGCUUAUCGGUCAAGCCAAUUGUCGAAUUGGGAAAUUUGAUAUUAGUCGUCAAUACUUACAGCAAGCAAUUGAAUUGCAAAGGCAACAUCUAGGUGAAAAUCAUCUAGAUGUAGCUAAAACAUAUUUAUGGCUUGGACGUGUAGCUAGUAAAACUGGUAAUCUUACUGAAGCUUUGACGCAUGCUAACAAGGCAUUAAAAAUUAAAAAACAACUACUUGGUGAAAGUAACCUCGAUGUAGCUAUGAUCUACGAGACGAUAAGUAAUAUUUGUCGUGAAAAUUAUAAAUAUGAUGAUGCUUUACGCUACUUUCAGAACGCUAUUGAAUUUUAUAAAUUGCACUUGGGUGAGAAUGCCCUUAAAGUAGCUGAUGGAUUGCAUUCACUGGGCCGUAUUUAUCGCCAAGUUAAAGAUCUUGAUCAAGCCAUGUCAUGUGAUGUUAAUGCUUUAAACAUUAAACAAAAACAAUUAGGUCACGAGCAUGUUAGCUUAGCUUAUACCUAUGAUGAACUUGGCUUAGUCUAUAUGGCGAAAAAUGAUUACGAUAACGCUAAAGAUAACCUAAUGAAAUCAUUGCAAAUCAAAAUAAAACAACUUGGUGAACAACAUAUGAAUGUAGCUUAUACACUAGAUAAAAUUGGUUUAUUAUAUAAAGCCAAUGAAAAUUAUUCCCAAGCCAUGGAAUCUUUUAAUCAAUCGUUGGAAAUUAAAAAGAAACAACUUGGUGAAAAUCAUGCUAGUGCUGCAUAUACAUAUCAUCAAAUUGGAAUCAUCUAUAAAGAAAAGGACGAUUAUAUCAAUUCGUUAAAGUAUCUGCAGUGUGCAUUAAAAAUUAAAAGAGACAGCUUCGGUGACGAUCAUGUCCAAACAUCUUAUACUCUACAUGAAAUUGGGUUGUUGUAUAAAAAAUUUGGUGAUUCUGAUGAAGCAAUACGAUACUUGCAAAGAGCUCAUGAUACUAAAGUAAAACAGCUUGGUCAGGAUCAUAUCCGAGCUCUGGAUUCAAUGGCUGAAAUAAACGCUAUCCGUGAUCAAAUAAAAAAAGUUAAAAUCACAAUAGUUUAA